GAAGAAGAAACCAGAAGCAGCUCCCAGUGGCAGUUCACUGCGCAUGCCUAUUACCACCACGCUCCAAAUCGUGUUAUUGCACGUUUUCUGCUUAAACUGCGAGCGUAGGUGUAGCAGAAAGAAUGCCACCGAAGGGGAAAGGUGGAAAAGGGGGUAAAGGAGCUGCUUCAGGAAGCGCGGACGCUGACAAGAAGGAAAAAGCCCCAAAGGGAGGCACAUCUGUCAAGGUUCGCCACAUCCUCUGUGAAAAGCACGGAAAAUGCAUGGAGGCAAUGGAGAAGCUGAAAGCCGGAGUCCGUUUCAGUGAAGUGGCGUCGCAAUACAGCGAAGACAAAGCCAGACAAGGAGGUGAUCUGGGGUGGAUGACACGAGGGUCCAUGGUUGGACCUUUCCAGGAGGCGGCGUUUGCUCUGCAAGUCAGUUCGAUGGAUAAACCCGUCUACACAGACCCGCCCGUCAAGACGAAGUUCGGAUAUCACAUCAUUAUGGUUGAGGGGAAAAAGUAGAACUUGCCAGCUCUUUUCAUAAAUACCGCAAUUGUGCAUAAUCGUUGAUGCGGGGAAAAAAAAUAUUUUGGGGGUACACCUUUUGUUUCAACUUUAUUUUCUUAAGAUUUGUGCUACAUCAAUGAUGAAAUAAACAAAUAAGAAAACCAUC